AUGGUUAUAGAGAACGAAUCACCGGCGGUUCGAUUGCGUCGAAAACUGACUGCACUAUCCGAUGAGUAUUCCAAAGACAAACAAAUUCAUCCGCGAAGUAAAUCUGUCAAUAGUCGAGCACCUGUCCCAUCAGAUCCUAACGCUAGUCUUCGUUAUCGACGAAUGAGGCGAAAAGUUGACGUUCUGCGUACUCAGAUCGAUGCUGCGCUACAUGAUAAUUAUCUUUCAACAACAGAAUUAAAUUCAGUGAAGGACAUGAUUCCAACACGCGACGAUGAUGCACCAUUGAAGAAGAAACACGAUGAACAAAACCUUGUUACAACUGAACUUAUUCAAGUGCUGCACAGUAAACAGACGAAAAUCGAUGAACUGGAACAACAAUUGAAGGACAUCGAACAACAAGAAUCUCAGUGGAAGCUUGCGCAUGUUCAUAUCGAACAAGAAACGUUCAUUCGUUUUUGUUUAUUGAAGGCGAAAUAUGAACGAGAAUGUCAUCGAAGGGAAUCUUUACAAAAAAAAUUACUCGAACUGGAAAAAGAAUUACAAAAUCGACAAUGUCAAUCGAUACUUCUUGGACAGUUACAAACUGACGUUGAACGUCUUCACAUCGCGUUCAAUGCACUCGAAGCUGAAAACAAUCAACUAACAGCACAAUUAUCAUUGGUACAGAACAGUUGUCCUUCAUCCGUACGUCUUUCAUCCCAACUCGAAAAAUUCCGACAUGAAUUAGCGCAAACCUGCCACGAAUCGCUAUGUUGA